AUGCCAAAACCGCAACGCCUUCAGCCUCCAGACACAACCAAGCAAGUGCCUCAGCCUGAGGACACAGCCCAGCCAGUGCCUCAGCCUGCAGACAUAACCAAGCAAGUGCCUCAGCCUGCGGACACAGCCCAGCAAGUGCCUCAGCCUGCAGACACAACCCAGCAAGUGCCUCAGCCUGCAGACACUACCAAGCAAGUGCCUCAGCCUCCAGACAUAACCAAGAAAGUGCCUCAGCCUGCGGACACAGCCCAGCAAGUGCCUCAGCCUGCAGACACAACCCAGCAAGUGCCUCAGCCUCCAGACACGACCAAGCAAGUGCCUCAGCCUCCAGAUGCGACCAAGCAAGCGCUUCAGCCUCCAGACACAACCAUGCAAGUGUCCUAG